AAAAAAAAUUUGAAGAAUUUCAACGAUAUGUUUCAAAUUUGGAAAAUCAAAGAAAUGAAGAAUUAAAACAAUUAAAAAAACUUGAAAUGAUGUCUCAAAAUUUAGAUAAAAAUUUAGGGAUAUUGAAAUUAGAAGAAAUCAAUGAGAAUAUUAUUAAAACUUUUAGAGAAAACAAUGAAGAUUUUCUGGCAAGUUUUUCAAACAAAGAUCCAGGUAGUAAAUCACUACCUUAUUCUAAUAUUAAAGUCGUGGUUGGAUUAGACUUUGGAACAACUUACUCUGGAUUCUCUUAUUGUCAUGUUGCUAAUAAACAAAAUAUAUGUUCAAAUGAAAUAUGGCCUGGAAAGGUUGGCAAGUUAAAGAUUAAUACAAUUCUUCGAUAUGAUGAUGAGUAUAAUAAUGUGUUACUUUGGGGUGCUCCAGCUUUAGUUAAAAAACAAAUACGCAAAAUCGCAAAAAAAAAUAAUCAAUAUAAUGAAAGAAAUAAACUUGUUGAAUUAUUUAAAUUAUUUUUGGGAAACCUACAAGAAAAUUCAAGACCAAAACUUCCAGUUGAUUAUAAAAAGGCUAUUACUGAUUAUCUUAAAGAAAUUGGAAAGGUCAUUAAAGAUACAAUCGCAACCCACUGGAAUAUUAAUUUCUUUGAAAAUGUUUUAUUGAUUCUUACUGUUCCUGCAGAAUAUUCUGAAAAAUAUAUUGCUAUUAUGAGAGAAUGUGCAUAUAAUGCAAAUCUCAUUAAUGAUAAAUAUUCGAAAAAUCUACAAUUUAUCUCAGCACCUGAAGCUGCAGCAAUUUAUUGUAUGAAAAAUGAAUUACAAAAAUAUGAUUUAUUAAAUAUAGAAGAGACUUUUAUGGUUGUUGACUGUGGUGGCGGUACUGUUGAUUUAACUACUCGUAAGUUAGUUGGAAAUAAAUUAAGUGAAAUUACCGAACGUAUUGGAUAUUUCUGUGGAAGUACAUUUAUAGACAGAGAAUUUAUUGAGUUUUUACGUCGAAAACUUGGAUAUCGAGCUAUAGAUCACUUAAAAGAAAAUAAUUAUGACCAAUUUCAAUGUCUGGUUCAAGAAUUCCGUAAAAAUGCAAAAGAACCUUUUACAGGAGUUAAUAGAGAAUUUUAUUAUGAAUUAGAUAUUGAAAAUAUUUCUCCAAAUUUAUUGCAAUAUGUCGAUGAAGAAAUCAGGGAAAUGAUGGAAAAGGAUGAAUGGUUAAUUAAGGUUAAUUUUAAUGACAUAAAAUUAAUGUUUGAUCCUAUAAUUGAUAGAAUUAUUCGUUUGAUAUAUGUACAACUUGAAAAUAUUCAAAAAGCUUGCUCCGCAAUUUUCUUAGUUGGAGGUUUUAGUGAAAACAAAUAUUUGCAAAGAAGGAUUAAACAGGAAUUUUGUCAUUAUAUAAAAUGUCUUAGGAUUUCCGAUCAACCUAUAGCAGCAAUUUCACGUGGGGCUGUAGUUUAUGGUUUAUCUAUUAAAUCGAGCGAUUGUAUUAUUUCUUCGAGGGUUCUCAAAUAUACUUAUGGAAUUAAAUUGUGCGUUGAUUGGAAAGAAGGUGACCCUAUUGAGAGAAAAAUCUUUCAUGGAAAAGUUAUAAAAUUUAGUCCUCUGGUAAGAAAAGGGACAGUAGUAAAAGUAGAUCAAGUAUUUAACUCAAGUAACCAUAGGCCCUCUAACCCAUCUCAAACAGCAUUGAACUUUGCAUUGUAUAGAACUUCCGAAUAUAAUGUAGAAUAUUGUGAUGAACCUGGAGUGGAAUUAUUAGGAUCAUUGCGAAUUGACCUUCCAGAUGUUCAUUUAGGUUAUAAUAGAUCAGUUACCUUUGGACUUUCCUUUGGUCAAAUGGAAAUUUCAGCAUUUGCGGAGAAUGCAGUCAAUGGACAAAAAUAUGUAACUUCAUUUUCUUUAAAUGAUGAUGAUGAUUAUGAUUAAAGUUGGUUAUUUUAACUUUUAUAAAAGAAUGUUAAAAUAAUAUAUAAUAAAUUCCUUGCAGCUAACGUAUGUACUGUAAAUACUACAGUGUAUACAACUUAGUCCCAACAAAAAAAUGUUUAAGUGGCCAAAUUUUUUAUAUUAUGUAAUACUUAAACCCUUAAGUUUAUUGGUCAGAUUUAUUUAAUUUAAGUUAUAAUUUUUAAUUCUAGCCAGAUUUACAUAGUUAAUAAUUAAACGAAAGUAAUUUUGGUCAGAUUUACAUGUAAUUCUGGUCAUAAUAAAAUGGCCAAAUAUUUAAUUUAAUAGUAAAAUAUUUCAACUUUGAAUUGCUACUACUUUCUUAAAA